GCCGCGGCGCGGCGCCGGGGCAGGAAGAGGCCACCUCGCCGCGCGUCGUCCUUCCUCGCAGCGGGCGGGGAGCGAGCGUGCCCUCGGAAGCCCGGGGCUCCUGCGAUCCCCCUCACCGGCGCCAUGGCGGUCCCAGGUUGCAACAAGGAUAGUGUUCGAGCAGGCUGUAAAAAAUGCGGCUACCCUGGCCACCUGACGUUCGAAUGCCGCAAUUUCCUGCGCGUAGACCCCAAGAGGGACAUAGUCUUGGACGUCAGCAGCACCAGCAGUGAAGAGAGCGACGAAGAGAAUGAGGAGCUGAACCAGUGGCAGGCGCUGCAAGAAAAGAGAAUAAAUGAAGAAGAGGAGAAGAAAAAGGCAAAAAGCAAAGAGAAAAUCAAGUUGAAAAAAAAAAGGAAAAGGUCUCACUCAUCCAGUUCUGCUGACGAGGACACUUCAAAACCAAAGAAACAAAAGUCUCAGAAGAAAGAAAAGAAAAAAGAAAAGAAGAGUAAGUCAAAAAAGGGAAAACAUCACAAAAAGGAAAAAAAGAAGAGAAAAAAGGAAAAGCAUUCUCCCAGCCCUACUGUCUGCGAGACCUCCAAGAAGUAGCUGAGACUGUGGCUUAAGCCAUUCCAUUUAAAAUUUAGGUUUUGAAAAUCAUUUCACCUUCCUUGGAAUUUGCUAUAUAAUUAUGCUUUGCAAUAAAUCGCAGGCUUGUUCAUAUGGACAUUUUUUUCACAUAUGGGACCCUUAUCCUCUGGCAAUAUGUUUUUAAUGUACUGUGAUUAUAAAGUAUUGAAUCAGUCUUAUUACUUAAUAGCUUAUUACUUAAUCUAAGUAUGGAUAUCUGUACAGACAGAACACAUCAUUUUUGGUAUUCAUGACUCUGUAUGUUUGACUAAGUUGAUUAUAAAUGGCUUUACUACAGUCACACAGGUACUCCACCUGGCAGUUAAUGAUAUUGCUGAAUCAAGUGUCUACCUUCCAGUGAUGCAGUGAGGUAGGGGAUAUGCUUUGUUUUGCUCUUGACACUGAUAAAUCUCAUAGCUUUUUAUAUCCUGUGAUAAUGUAUGAAGACAGUAAUAUUCUUCACUGUUGUUUUUUAAUCUCUGGCUUUUUUGGGUGUCAUAGAAUAUAAAGCUGAUUUAUUGCUCUUGACUAGGACUUUUUUAAAUGAAUGGUAUCAGCAGGAAGAGGCUAAUGAAAAUAUUUAUAACAACGUUUCAUUGUGUUAUGACAUGCAGCAUAGCAUUUCUAGUGCCUGCCUCCUUGUUUUUGUAACUAUGAAAAUAUCUCUUCCUGUUUAAAACCACAGGUCUAGUUCAGCCUAUUAGUAAGUCUCAUAGAGAUAAUGUGCUGGGCAGGAUUUUUAGGAUAGACUCCCGGGCUGUUUUACAAAUGUGCCAUAUUGGCAUGUCUCAAAGUGAUACCUCAAGCACAGAGCUUUUUAUUUAGGAGGUAACAGCUAACUCUUCACUAGAACUGAUUUUUAUUGUAUUAAGUAUGUAAAUUUUAUGAAGCUUGUUUCUAUGAGUAAUGUGGAAAAUUUUUAUAAAUGUGAACGUAUAUAUUUAUUUGUCUGAAAUAAUUUGUAGUUUUGAAGCAGGUUUCACACUGAAUUUAUGGUUUCAUAAAUGACCAGUUUGGGGUGUUUCUUUCUUUUACUUCAGUCACAAACCUCAGGAGCAGUGACAAAAAUUUAGAAUUAAUAAUUUUAUUCUGUACUUUUUAAAAUUUAAGAGCCAGGGAGUUGCAUCAUGAAAGUCUUUAUAUAACAAUGGAAAUUUUAUAUGGGUAAGCAUUUUCAAACAAUAUUAGUAGAUAUAAGUGUUUCUUAAUGAUCAAUGUUACUUUGCUUAACAUUCAAGUAUCCCUUAUGCCCAAUAAAUUAAAUACCUUUUAUUGUAGCAGCAUCAGAAGUCAAUCCAUUACCAAUGCACAGCACCAAAGAUUGCAGGUACCUCACUCUGGUGCAGUUAUACAUUUUCAAAUUGGUAACCCAGAGACAUGGCUACAAAUGAAUUCAUUAUGGUGAAAUCAGGUAAGUACACGUAAUCUCAAAGGCUGGAGAGGUGUACUGAUUCUUUCUUUACCCAGCACCCCUACCUGGCAUGACCUCAGUAAGCCUGGGGGAGCCCCGUAACUCCUCUUAACACAUGCUUACCAUGCUCACCUUCUAGGGAUGUGACACCCACAUCCCUGUCCUAUAGCAUUAUAGCCAUGGAAGCUCUCACACCAAUAGCUUUUCCAUAGCCUAAUUUAGUCACAUAGCCACAAAAAGAAAUUAUCUUGUUUAAAUUAAGUUCAGUCUAUUGUUUGGAAAGAAACACAGAGCUAUUAGGUUUUUUAAGGACUUGUUUUGCCUUUGCUGUAUUUUAUAUGUUCUUGAAAUCUGUAUUUUCUGAAAAUAUAGUUCUUUGGCUAUCAAAAUGAAAAAAUAUGUAAAAAAAUUAUGAUUGGAAAAAGCUGUAUGCAAAAGGAUAGCCUCAUCCCAUUGAGUGUGUGGCAUAGUUAAAUAUGAUAAUUUUAGUGAACACAGUUAAUUUAGAUAUUUGUAAGGAUAAUUCUGUUAAUUGUAGAGACUAUAACUUGGCUCAUUAAAUUUGUUUCUGAAUGGUGACAUGAUUAAUAGUGGUUCAGAAGAGUUACAUAGAAUGCAGCCCUCAUUAACUAUACAGUAUGCAAAUCAAAAGAUUUUAAUGCUUGGUAAUUAUUUUCCCCCAGAAGCAAUCUUGGAAUUAUUCUUAAGUAAAUUUUCUAUCAUAUGAGAAUGGUUCAUGAAACAUCUCUGAAUAAAAUACAUUUAUUUUUAUGAAAGUAA